UAUUAGUGGAUACUAACUUGUAUGUGAAGGUUGUAGAGGGUAAAACUCAUUUUUGUUCUACUUUGUUUUUUCAAAAAUCUUGAGUCACUUUUCAGUAAAAGUGGUCGACACCAUGAGCCACAUUCAAACCACGUCUCGAUUUCUGUCCACAAGAAGGGGUUACCAACUCCCUUCUCUAGAGAAUGAUCAGCAUCCUGCUCGACAAGUCUGCGGCUCUACUUAUUCGCUUUUCAAUGUUCGAGCCAUGUUUAUUUCCUUCUUUUUUGCGUUUGGAAUCAGCAUUAGUUUUGUUACUGGGCGGUACUACAUGCCAUACCGAGACAUUGCCAGUGGGUGUCAGCCAAAUAUUGACCUACCUUUACAAGAGCACAAGUUUGUUUACAACCAAACAUUCGUUGAAAGUGGCCCAGCAGCAGACGCGGCAUGGGACUCGCUGUUUCCAUCCCAAGGAGGGUUUUUCCGUCACCCAACAAUCUCUCGAAAACGCGCCGACUUUGCAGUCUUUCAUCAGCUGCAUUGCCUCGAUAAGAUAAGGCUAGCAUAUUGGACUUUAUACGAUAGCAGUGUGUUAGCCCAUGACGGAAUGUCGAAGACUGAUUUUGACCCUAAAGGCCUCUCUGAACAUUUUGCGCCACUCCACAUCACUCACUGCGUCGAACUAAUAAGAAAUGCUUUGAUAUGCAGACCUGACACAACAGUUGAAGUCAAAGACUUAGAGAGUAAUGGGGUCACAGGAUUUGGGGCUGAACAUCUUUGCGUGAAUUGGAAUCAACUUGUUGACUGGGUUUCUGAGUGGGAAGAUUAUGACAAGCCAGGUACUAAAUGAUGAUGAAUGUCAGCACUUCGCCGAAGAAUCCGGUUUCAAAAGCUUGUAGUUCCGGCAUAUGUAGGUCGAUGCAGCCGCUAGCCCCGCUAGCCUUGAUGGGGUAGGUAGAGUAUAUCUU